AAAACAUGGAAACUUUUCGAAGCUUUAUUUAUGUUGCAUUGAAAGCCAACUUCACGUCGCUACCAAACUGACAGCUGAUAAGAGUUUACCAUACACAUAUAUGAAACACAUACUCAAACCUGUACACAGCUGAUUCAUGGUUUUAGGUGUUUGGUGUUAAGCGGUUGAUUCAUAGAACGCUCACUCACACACACCCUGAGAAAUAAGCCAUAGCCGAAACAACCAACUAUAACCAACUCACCAUAUACACUAUAAACGUUGAUUCAGAAUCGAUGCUGCCGUGACAGCGAACAAUCACACACUAAAAACUCGCACAAUUUAUUUCCAUUAGAAAAAAGAGGCAGUAAAUGAAAAACACACAAACGGACUUGUUUACGGAAUAAAGAACGGAAAAAGAAAUAUACAGUGAGAGCAUUAAAAUGAGCAUAUUUUGAAUAGAAUCAUCGAGAAAACAAAAGCGACGUGUUUUUCACGUCUAAGCAUCGUGAAAUUAUUUUUGUUUUUCCCUUCGUUGGAAGUUCUAGCUAUUGCCAUAUUUUUCUACCAGACCACAUAACAAAACUUGUACAGAAAACCAAAUUUAUGUGUGUGUUUUUUUUUAAAUUUAUGACAAGUUAGUGACAAUUGUUAUGCGUGUUUUAGAAAAUGUGUACGAUAAAAGUCUGAAGUACAAAAGAGUGAAAUGCAUACACCUAAAAUGAUAAAACAAAUUGUGAUCAAAGUGCAUAAACAUAUAGUACAAUAAAAAAAAAAAAAAUUGAAUAAAUUUCUGAUGAUUGGAAUCGAAAAAUUGUAGUACAUAAAAUGGUUGUCGAUUCCAUAAAAAAGUUAGUGUUUUACUUUAUAAAUAGUAAAGAAUUGCUGAAAAAUAAAACAACGAUGAAUACAGCGAUAGUGUCAAACAGCGAUUCGCAGAGCCUGUAUGAAAUCGUUGAAAAUUGUUUGAAGGACAAUGUUUUUUGGACAUUUGGCGCGACUGUUGUUGUGGUUUUGAUUGCAACUUUGAUCAUAAUUUGGCAGAGAUGGUUCAACAGAGAACGGCAUCAAAGCCCAUACGAUAACAUGCAAUUUAACAACAAUCGUUUACGCUUUCGUAAGCGUGACAAAAUGCUUUUUUAUGGGCGACGCAUGUUGCGCAAAGUGAAAACACUAUCGGGUCAAGCAUACAAUGGACAAGGGCGCAAACGACGAGCAGUUGUUCGCUUUGCUAAACGUAUUUUGAAUAUUAAGCGUGACGAUAACUUACCCAUGUUGCUGAAAACAGUUGAACCACCAAAUGAAUAUCUUGAAGAAAUGGCCGAUGGCAGCGACAAAGUGCCACCAGAUGCAUUUUGUAUGCUGCAAGGUAUUCGAAUAUUUGGCCAUUUCGAAAAACCCAUCUUCCUGAAGCUUUGCAAAUUCACCGAAAUCAUCACACUCAACACAAACGAUCUGCUGUUUAAAAUUGGCGAUAUUGACGAUAGCGUGUUCAUCAUUCAAUCGGGAAAAUUGAACGUUCUAAUCAAUAAUUCAGAUGGAACGAGUUUAUCAUUGAAACAUAUAAAACGUGGUGAGUCGGUCACCUCUUUGCUGAGCUUCAUCGACGUUCUUGCGGGUAAUGAGAGUGUAUACAAAUCGGUGACUGCAAAAGCGCUCGAACCAUCGCAAGUGAUUCGAUUACCAAUGAGAGCGCUCAAAGAGGUUUUCGAUGAGAAUCCAGAUAUAUUAGUUAGAGUUAUUCAAAUUAUUAUGAUACGUUUGCAACGAGUCAUUUUCACCGCAUUGCGUAAUUAUCUUGGGCUUUAUUCAGAAUUGGUUCAAACCAAACCUCACAAAGAUCGCCGCCCACAACAACAGCAACAGCAGCAACAACAGCAGCAGCAGCAGCAGCAGCAACAACAAAAUUUAAAAAGUUCACCCACACACCACAAACCACGGCCAUCAUUCGACAUUAAUACUUAUUCCCAUACACUCUCGGUUGAACCCAACGAUUUGGCUCGACCGGAUAUGUUGAAUGACUUAUCAGAGGUUCCGCAUCAAAAACACAGUCGUAGGUUUUCGAUAGCGUUUGAUCGCGAAAUGGAAACGCAAACAUUAUUAUUAUUGGCUGCUGAUGGUUUCAUAAAGGAGUUAGGUUUAAAAGAGAGUGAUAGACAUUUACUUGAAGGACAUAUUGAGUUCCGUGACGCUGAACCGGGAAUCACAUUGCUACGAGAAAACUGCCCAGAUGACGUUUGUUUGCUACUAGUUUUGAGCGGUAGUGUAUCAGUGUUGCAGGAUAGCAUCGGUUUUCCAGGCAGUAAGACUGCCAGCUCAGAGGUGCAUUCAUACAAUUCGUAUUCGGGCGAUAUGAUUGGUGGAUUAUCGGUGUUAACGGCAGAAACGUGUCAGUAUACCGUGCGAGCAAGACAUCACACAAAGGUUGCCAUUUUGAGUAGAACUUCCGUUUACAAUUUGAUGCGCGAGCGUCCUUGGACAGUGGUGUACAUAGCGAAUACAGUUGUGCGUAAAUUAUCGCCAUUGGUGCGUCAGUGCGAUUAUGCACUCGAUUGGGUAUUUUUAGAAUCAGGUCGAGCUGUUUAUCGUCAAGAUGAAAUCAGCGAUUCCACUUAUAUCGUACUCAGUGGUCGUUUGCGGUCGAUUGUAACCCAUACGAAUGGUAAAAAAGAGAUUGUCGGAGAGUAUGGUAAAGGCGAUAUGGUCGGUAUUGUGGAAAUGAUAACGGAAACAAGUCGCACAACAACUGUAAUGGCUGUUCGUGAUUCCGAAUUAGCUCGUCUACCCGAAGGCCUUUUCAACAUUAUCAAAUUCAAGUAUCCAGCCGUGGUUACAAAACUAAUUAGUUUGCUCAGUCAUAGAAUUUUAGGUUCAAUGCAGUCAAAGCCUGGACAAACGCCAUUGGAAGCAAACACAGUAACGCAUAAGUUCUCGACGGUGGCAUUGGUGCCGCUGAGUGAUGAUGUACCGUUAAGUGCUUUUGCCUAUGAAAUUUACCAUUCAUUAUGUGCCAUUGGUCCAACGUUGCGGCUUACAUCAGAUGACGUCCACAAAGCUCUUGGACCCGGAAUUUUAGAACCACAUUACGAAUAUCGUUUAACCAGUUGGCUAGCACAACAAGAGGAUCGAAAUAUCAUUACAUUGUAUCAAAGUGACUACGCACUUAACGAAUGGACACAACGAUGUUUGAGACAAGCUGAUGUUAUUAUUUUGGUUGGACUGGGCGAUCGAACGCCAACGGUUGGAAAAUUCGAAAAAGAAGUUGAUAAAUGGGCACCACGUACCCAAAAAGAACUUGUUCUAUUACAUCGUGAAACGAUUCCGCGCCCAGUCAACACGCUGCAAUGGAUAAAUGUCCGACCCUGGGUCACAAAACAUCAUCACAUUCAGUGCCCCAAUCGAAUGUUUACACGAAAAAGCCAGUACCGAAUCAAUGAAUUCUACGCCAAAGUACUGCUCGGUGAACCAAAUAUGCAUUCUGAUUUCUCAAGAUUCGCACGAUGGUUAACUGGUAAUUCCAUUGGUUUAGUCUUAGGAGGCGGUGGAGCACGUGGUGCGGCGCAUGUGGGAAUGAUCAAGGCUAUACAAGAUGCUGGAAUUCCAGUGGAUAUGGUCGGUGGAGUUAGUAUAGGAGCAUUUAUGGGCGCUCUAUACUGUUGCGAACGAAACACAACCACACUGACGCAGAAAGCACGUGAAUGGUCAAAGAAAAUGACCCAAUGGCAUCGUCAAAUUCUUGAUUUAACCUAUCCUAUUACAUCGAUGUUUACCGGCAAAGGUUUCAAUGAGACGAUCGUAGAUACAUUUGGUGAUGUUUAUAUUGAAGAUCUAUGGAUUCCAUACUUCACUUUGACAACCGACAUUUCGGCCAGUUGCAGUCGCAUACAUACAAAUGGAUCUCUCUGGCGCUAUGUAAGAGCUUCAAUGUCUUUGAGCGGUUAUAUGCCACCGUUAUGUGACCCGAAAGAUGGCCAUCUUCUCUUAGAUGGAGGAUAUGUCAAUAAUCUGCCAGCCGACGUUAUGCUCAAUCUGGGUGCAGCUCACAUAAUUGCAAUUGAUGUUGGAUCACAGGAUGAUACCGACUUGACGGAUUAUGGUGAUUCAUUGAGUGGGUGGUGGCUUCUCUACAAGAAAUGGAAUCCAUUUUCAACGCCCGUCAAAGUACCCAAUUUACCUGAUAUUCAAUCACGUUUGGCAUACGUUUCAUGUGUUCGACAGUUAGAGGAGGUGAAAAAUAGUGACUAUUGUGAAUACAUUCGACCACCGAUCGAUCGAUACAAAACACUGGCGUUUGGCAGUUUUGAUGAAAUAAAAGAUGUCGGUUACAUACACGGACGCAAUUGUUUUGAUGCCAUGGAAAAAUCGGGACGCCUUGGCCGUUUCAACACAUGGUUCAGCAAAGAAUUACCAAAGAAACAUCCAAAUUCACUUAAUGAGUAUUCAUUCAUUGAUUUAGCUCAAAUAGUUUGUAAAGUACCUGAACGAGUUCUAGUCGAUCAACCGAUAUCGACAUCAUCAUCAGAUGACGAAAUCGAAGGAUAUAUUUCCGAACCAUCAAAUUUGAAUAGAGAAGGUCCAAUACAUAUCGAUCGAACCGGCGGAUCUCUAUCAUUAUCCGACAAUGAUCUUGAUUCAGAUGAACUGGACAUUUCGCUUACACUAAAAAUGCCAAGGCCAAAGAAGGUGAAAGCGCACAUAAAGCAUUCGUCAGUGCAAGCCAUACCUAAGUCACCAACAUUCAGCUAGUUCAACGUUUAAAAAAUAAAACCAUUAAAAUGUUCAAAAAAAAAGAAGCAAAACCAAACAAUUUUUCACACAUCUUUUGUUACUGUAUUCAAAAUUCUAUAUUUUUUAUAAACACUUCGAAAUUGAAAAAAAAUUACAGAGAAUGUUCGAAAACACAUGGAA